CAGGUGUUUCCUUUCAUUCGAUUCCCCAGAAAAUUAAAUCCAUUGAUCAAAGCUACAGAAAUUCGAAAUCGAUUGCGUCCUUGUCGCAGAAUUCGAUUUGUGAAUCGAUCAUAUUAGAAGUAUAAGGAAGAAUCUCGCCAUUCUGAUAUCUCCUUGAAUUUAUUCUCUCUCUGUGAUUAAAUUCUUAAAGAAAAUUUGAAGAGAAAGACUGUUUGAAAAAUUUGAGGGAGGAGGAGACCGGAAUUGUUGAGAUGGCAAACCAAGGUGGUUCGUCGAGGAAAAGUCUCUCUUUCUCUGGUCAUUCAUUUCAAGGGAGGAAGAAAGCUUCUGAAAACAAUGAAGGUGGAGGAGGAGGAGGAGGCUCUGACCUCCCAAGGAGAUCUCUCACAUCUUCUCGUUCUUCCAUAAGCUUGAGUGGAGAAAGGAGUGGAGAGAGGACUGUCAAGCGACUGAGAUUGUCUAAGGCCCUUACCGUACCUGACAGCACAACAUUAUAUGAAGCUUGCCGGAGGAUGGCUGCACGUCGUGUCGAUGCGUUAUUGCUGACUGAUUCUAAUGCGUUACUUUGUGGGAUCCUUACAGACAGGGACAUAGCAACAAAAGUGAUUGCUAAAGAGCUCAACCUUGAAGAAACACCUGUAUCUAAAGUUAUGACCAAGAACCCUGUCUUUGUUUUGUCUGACACUAUUGCUGUGGAAGCUCUUCAGAAGAUGGUGCAAGGAAAAUUUAGACAUUUGCCGGUGGUAGAGAAUGGAGAAGUUAUCGCGCUUCUUGAUAUUGCAAAGUGUUUGUAUGAUGCAAUUGCCCGAAUGGAAAGAUCAGUUGAGAAGGGUAAGGCCAUUGCUGCAGCAGUUGAAGGUGUUGAAAAGAAUUGGGGGACAUCUAUUGCUGGACCAAACAGUUUUAUGGAGACACUUAGAGAACGAAUAUUCAAGCCUUCACUUUCAACUAUAAUUCCAGAGAAUACAAAAGUUUUAAAGGUUGGAUUGGAAGAGACGGUGUUAACAGUAACCAUGAAGAUGGUGGAAUAUCAGUCUAGCUCAGCCAUGGUGAUGGUUGAGAACAAAUUAACAGGGAUUCUCACUUCAAAAGACAUCUUGAUGCGUGUGAUAGCCCAAAAUCUUCCUCCCGAGACCACUACUGUAGAGAAGGUUAUGACUCAAAACCCUGAAUCUGCAACAGUUGAUAUGGCAAUUGUUGACGCCUUGCAUAUCAUGCAUAAUGGAAAAUUUCUUCAUCUUCCUGUAUUAGAUAAAGAUGGAGAUGUUGUCGCUGUCAUUGAUGUGAUCCACAUAACUCAUGCUGCUGUAACUACGGCUGGAAGUACGGCUGGAAUAAACAAUGAGACAGCAAACUCAAUGAUGCAAAAGUUUUGGGAUUCAGCUAUGGCUUUGUCUCCUAACGAAGAUGGAGACGAAACAACGAGGAGUGAAGAAGAAUCAAUGAAGUUAUCUUCGGAGAUCGAAGGGACAAAAUCAUUCUCAUAUCCCAACACAUUUGCUUUCAAACUCCAAGAUAAAAAAGGACGGAUGCAUAGAUUCAUGUGUGAAACACAGAGUUUGACAACUCUGAUAACUGCAAUACUACAACGGAUGGGCGAUGACAUUGAGCCUGAAAACUUGCCUCACAUAAUGUACGAAGAUGAAGACAAUGACAAAGUCAUUUUAGCAUCAGAUGGUGAUCUUGUAGCUGCCGUAGAGCAUGCAAAAUCAAUAGGCUGGAAGGGCUUGAAAUUACACUUGGACUUCAUAGAAGAGAGAGGGCACAGGAGAGGCUUGAGUUCAGAGGGUAUGGACUACGAGCAAUCAAACUCAUGGGCAGCCGCUUACAAAACAGUUGCAGCCGGGGCUGCUCUUGCAGCUGGACUUGGAGUUUUGGUUUACCUGAAACGUCACUCAAACUAACUGAUUCAUUUCUCGGAGAUACAAAGGCAAUUGGCCUUCUAAAGCUAAGCUUGGCAAGUAUUGCAACUCUACAUUAUUUGUGUUCUUGUUGUUUUUGAUCUUUUUACUUAUUUUUUUCUGAAGUUACUCAUUCAACUGUAUAUAAAUAAGUAAACAUUUAUUUGUAUUAACAUUGGUGAUUGAGUGACGUUUGGAUAUUUCAAAAGGUUUUGACGA